AUGCAGAGCCUCACCAUCGAUCAGGUUAUCGCCUGGCUGAAUGGGCAUCGCUGCCCUGCGACUGCGGUGGAGUUGUGCCGUGAGUUGGCUUUGUGCGGGGAGAUCCCACCCGGGAGGCUCGCAUCACUCGAGCACGAAGCCGUGGCGGCAAGUGACGCCGAUGGGAGCAACACAGACGCCGCUCUGGAGCAGACAGUAGUGGACGUGCUUGUGGCAUACAAGAGACAGAAGGGCAUAGCUGCUGUUGCAAGGGCUGCUGAAAUGGCACUGGGUCAAAUACCGCAAGCAGAAGGGCCGGUUGAGAAGGAACCGAGUGUUCCUGCCGUUUCUAAUCAAGUGCUGCAGGGGAAGCCGCAGCAGGCGGAAGUUGAACUCAACAAAGUGCUUGCUGUGCUUGCGGAGCGUCUUCCGACCCUCGUGCGUGUCGUGGAUCCAAUGCAGAAGGAUGUGUUGAUACCACUCAUCUGUGCCGCCGCUACGGCGAGCGUAAAUAAGGCGGAGAGGGCAGCCGCUCGCCUUCUGCUUCUCACCCUCUACACGCGCCCAAACCGAGAGCACAGGGUCGCCGUCGCGGAGGCGUGGGCGAAGACGAUGCAGCACGCCCCGGUCUCUGUCCGGCAGAACGAUAUCGUGCCAGAGCUGUUCAAUCUGGCGAACGCAAAAACGACGGAGCGGCGCAUUCUGGCCCUAAAGUGCAUAGAGUAUGUGGCACCCUUCCUAGGGGGUGGCACUGCGCUUCGGAAGUCGAUAUGUGAAGGUUUGUUGUGGCCACUUUGCGAGGAUGAGUCGCGAACCGUGCGCUGCCACGUUGUGCAGAGUCUUGUGGGAAUAUGGCCGAUAAUCCCAGAGGACGUCAGCGGUGACGACAGCAGCAGCAACAGUGAGGAUGUUAGUAGUGGUACUGAGGAGUGCCUGGCACUCUAUAUGGAGCUCAUCAUGCACCUUGUCUUGCACGACACGAGCAGCUCUGUGCAGCGUCACGCACUUCAGAGUCUGCGCGGUAGUCUUUUUUCAAAGCGUGUGCCCUGCCGCGUGCUGCUUGUGCGCAUCGUCCCGCUGCUGCUGUCAUUUAUCGAGCGAGAGUUGGCGGCCACAGACUGCGGUGACUCCCUGGUGCAAGCCACACCGGCUCCUACUAAUGUUGCAGCUGCUGCUGUGGUGGUGAAGAAGCGCGAGGUGGUUGAAGUGGCCGCAGCCAAAAACACAUUAUUACUCGCAAGUCUGAUCGCCGACGCCCUCCGCUAUGCGUGCCAAGUUGUCGCAGACGAUGAAGGACUUGCCCCAACUGUCUUCGACGCAUACCUGCACGUUGUGUUGCCCUCAGCACAUACGCUAGUGCUCACGUGCCGUGAACACGACGCCUUGGACACGUCCAUCUGCGCCGUCGCGUCGGCGUUGGCAAUAAUGGUCCCCGCACUGCAAAUGCCGCACUGGAAGUGUGUGCGGUCCCUGUUGGAGAUGUUCGUAGAUGGGCGUGAGGUCCCUAGUGGUGCCGUUGACGUCCCGUGCGGUUCCGGCUGGCGCAGGCGGGAGCUGUGCUUCUUCUUCGCCUUCCUGACGUGCGUCGUUGGCGUGAAGUCAAAUGCGGUAACGGACGCGACCGGCGUGCUAAGCGCCAUCUCAGACGAAGCUGCGGCGCUGAUGCGUGAAAACGUCACAGGACAGCGCACAGUGAAGGAGGAGGUGGAGGCAAAAAUGACGAGAGUGGCGGAGUUUGCUCCAGCGGCAGAUGUUGAUGAUGCAAGCUUACGUCUUGAGGCGUGUGCGUCGUCUCUCGCGUGCUUGAUUACAUGCGUUGAAGUUUCUCAAGGCAACGCGGCGGCCGUCUCAACGGUGCUGUGGUCCCUCACAGAGUCGGCGGACGAGCAACAACGCAUGCUGGCCGUCGCGCUCAUUGUGCGUCUCAGUGGGUUGCCGAAGGAUGACCAGGUGCGGGCUCUGUACAUGUGGCCGCCACUGCUCCUCCUCAUGAACGACAGUGCGUACGCUGUGAAGGAGGCUGCAGUCAAGGCGGCCGUGACAAUGGUCACAUUUAUCAGUACGCCACUGGAGCAGGAGAAGGUGCUCAAGGCGGCGCUCGCAACAGUGGAGGCAGCGGGGUGCCCAUCUAGCUUAAGUGUGGCGCUCCUGCAGCAUUGGUCCUCGCUUAUGCGUGAGAUGCCGGCGGAGCCACGCGAAAACUUUCUAUACCCUCAGCUAUCUAUGAUGAUCGGCCAGUUGAGUGAGGCGCUGGAUAGAAGAGAGGGAAAAAGCGGAACAACAAUAGCGAUGGUAGCAGGAGGAGGGCCUAUCCCAGGUGCGGGUAGAAAAGCGACGGAGGACACACUGCAGGCCGUGUUGGCCAUCCUCGCAGCUAUUCCCCACUGCGCUGUUGUGACCCCGCAGCUCGUGAAGAAGUAUCUCCUCCCCGGCAUACAGCUACUGGCGUCCGUGCCGUCUCUGCCGCCAUCAAGUCGCUCGCAGCUGCUGAGCAUCGCAAAGGAGUAUAACACAUUGUUGGGGUCUAGUAAAGGGCUCCAGAGCACCUCCGGGCUCUUUGGACGAAUGCGUGAGGAACUGAAGAAACGCUUCUGA